AUGCCGUUUUCGUCACCCAUGAGUAGGGACUUGGAUUGGGGGCUACUCUUCAAGACACCAGCGCCCUCCAAGAUUCUAGUAGAAGACAGACAUUUGGAAUCCAUGGACACUGCUGUUCGUCACCAGCUACAACCGCUUGCUAUGCUGUCCACAGCGAUCGAGGCCCUCUCAGUGUAUUUUGAGGAGAAAGACCCCCUCGACGAGGACGAAAGGACGGUGCCAUCAAUCCUCACCUGUAUGCAACGGUGGAUCUCGGACGUCCUCGCCCGAUAUGUAUCGGGCCAGAUUACUACGGCACGUCGUCAUGGUUACAUCGCCUGCACUGACCUACCUGAUCGUCAUGGCAGGACACUCUUACGGGCCCCGUGGUCAUCGCAACAGUUGUUUGACGGUCGUACCAACGAUGUUCUGGACAAGUACUCCAAGGAAGCCGAGCGUGACAUCAUCAUUUCGGCUUCACACAACAUGUCCAGGCGGCCACCGGUUUCGAACGCCCCACGACGCCGUUAUAGAAACGAGAAUGUGCAACGGGCCUUCCGUAGGGACGUGCCUCGACAGCCGUCCCGCAAGAGAGAUUCCGACAGGAAAGGUCGCCAGAACAUUUUGACAACAGGCUACGCCCCACGUCUGAGAUCGACGCCACCACUGACGUCAUCCCCGACAUUCCACAUUCCACCAACAGAUCGGCUGACGGAGGCCAUCGAUUUGUUGGUGGAAAAGGCGGCCGUACUUCGCCUAGGGACAUCGGCACCAUCGCCGGGGUACUACUCGCCCAUCUUUCUAGUACCCAAGAAAAACUCCACAAAGAUGCGGCUUAUUUUCAAUCUCAAAAAGUUCAACGCAACAUACCUCCAACAACCCGACACAUUCACCAUGAUAUCCCUCAGCUCUCUGCGUCGGAUGAUAUUACCGAACGACUUCCUCGUCUCGAUAGACCUUCAGGACGCGUAUCUACAUGUACCAAUAGCUUCCGAGUUCCAGAAGUACCUCCGAUUCGAAUACCAAGGUAUUCAUUACCAGUGGGCGGCCCUCCCGUUUGGAAUUUCUACGGCCCCGUGCAUUUUCACACGGAUCAUGAAGACGGUCGUAGAAUGGCUCCAUCGGCAGGCGAUCAGGGUCGCCUUCUACCUAGACGACGGGCUCCAAGCUCACCAAUUCACAGAAGCCCUUCAAGAAGAGUUGGCGACCACCCUGAGUCUACUACGGUACCUCGGGUGGAUCGUCAACUUUCAAAAGUCGGACUUGGUUCCAACUCGGGAUCUACAGUACAUUGGGAUACGCUUCAAGACGGGAGUCAAUCUGGUCAUGGUACCUCAAGACCGUUGGGACAAGAUUGUCAGCAGCGUUCCGAGACUUCUACAUGCCCCGGCGUCGGUGCACACGUGGCAGGAAGUCCUCGGUCUGUUGACAUCGGCCAAAGACCUGACUCGCCGAGGUCGUCUUCAACUUUGUCCGCUGCAGAGAUUGCUGUACCCCCACCUGGAGUUUCCCAAUCUCCUGGUUCCACUUCCGGCGCAGCUACGUUGUUUUAUGGAGUGGUGGCUCCAGCCGUCGAACGUUUGCGAAGGCGUCUUUAUGAGCAAGCCUCCGUUCAUACUACACCUAUUCGUAGACGCGUCAUUGGAAGGCUGGGGAGCGCACUUCGCGGACGACCAAGCGGCCGGGCUGUGGUCGCCAGUAGAAAAGGUCCUCCACAUCAACUGCCUCGAGAUGGAAGCAGUGAUUCGGGCGGUCGAGUUCUGGAAACUUCGACUCCGUCGGAAACGGCUGAUGAUACAGUCGGACAACUCCACAGUCGUCCACUGCGUCAACAAACAGGGAACGACUCGGUCGGCGGCCCUUCUGGACCGGACAUUCAGGUUCUUCGCCCUCGUCGACGACUUGGACAUGGGCGUACGCGCCCGUCACAUCCCGGGGGCCAAGAAUGUGAUAGCCGACGCCCUGUCGAGACCAUCGAGGCCGUCUCCCACGGAGUGGAUGAUCCAUCCGACAGUCUUUCAUCUGCUGACAGAUCGACUCUGGUUGCCCCAAGUAGAUCUCUUUGCAACCCGGUACAACAACCGCCUCCCUCGAUUCGUGUCGCCGGUUCCAGACCCACGGGCAUGGGACCACGACGCUCUAGCGAUAUCGUGGGAGGGUCUAGACGCUUACGCGUUUCCGCCAACGGUGCUGUUACCAUCGAUACUGGUGAAAGUUCGUCAAACGGCCAACCUACGUCUGCUUUUGGUCGCGCCUUAUUGGCCGGCCAGAACGUGGUUCCCGGAACUUCUUCAGAUAAUCGAUCAACCACAGUUCCCGUUGCCAGAUCGAGACGACCUCCUUCUUCAUCCUCACACCGACGACUUGCAUCCGGGGAUAAAGAACUUCCAGCUUCACGCCUGGGUUUGCUUAAGACCUCGUUAA